CCCGCGGUCCCACGCGCGGCCGGGCCCGCCCGGCGGGUACAUUGUGCGCGGGGCCGCGCCGGGCCCGCUCCGCGCUCGCUCCGCGCUCCUGCCCCGCAUUCCCGCAGCCAAUCCCGAUCUCCGCGUCCCUGACACCCCGCGCUGGGGCUUCCCGCCUCACGGAGAUUUCUGCUUGGUCAAGCCACGGCAAGAGCUGUGCCACCAUGUCGGUCAGCGUGCACGAGAACCGUAAAUCCCGCACCAGCACCGGCUCCAUGAACAUCCUGCUUUACCACAAGGCCUCCCACCCGGACUGCGUCCUGUCCCACCUGAACACGCUGCGCAAGCACUGCAUGUUCACCGAUGUCACCCUCUGGGCAGGGAACAGGUCCUUCCCCUGCCACCGCGCAGUGCUGGCUGCCUCCAGCAGGUACUUCGAGGCCAUGUUCAGCAACGGCCUCCGGGAGAGCCUGGAUGACGAGGUGAACUUCCAUGACAGCCUCCACCCGGAGGUGCUGGAGCUGCUGCUGGACUUUGCUUACUCCUCUCGGAUCAUUAUCAACGAGGAGAAUGCCGAGUCCCUCCUGGAGGCUGGGGACAUGCUGCAGUUCCAUGACGUCCGAGAUGCUGCAGCUGAGUUCCUGGAGAAGAACCUCUACCCUUCCAACUGCCUGGGCAUGAUGCUGCUCUCAGAUGCUCAUCAGUGCCGGCGGCUCUAUGAGCUCUCCUGGAGGAUGUGCCUGGUCAACUUUGAGACUGUUCACAAGAGUGAGGACUUCAACAACCUUUCCAAGGACACUUUGCUGGACCUCAUCUCCAGUGAUGAGCUGGAAAUUGAGGAUGAGGAAAAGGUCUUUAAGGCUGUCAUGCAGUGGGUGAAAUACGACCUGGAUGAGCGGAAGGCUUAUCUCCCAGAACUUCUGAGGAAUGUUCGUCUGGCUUUGCUUCCUUCAGAAUGCCUCAAGGAAGCCUUGGCUUGCGAGGACUUGAUCAUGGUGGAUGAAAGGAACAAGCUUGUCCUGGAUGAAGCUAUUCAGUGCAAGAAGAAGAUCCUCCAGAAUGAUGGGGUGGUCACCAGCCUCUGUGCCAGGCCUCGCAAAGCUGGGCACACCUUACUGAUUUUGGGAGGACAAACUUUCAUGUGUGAUAAGAUCUACCAAGUGGAUCACAAAGCCAAGGAAAUUAUUCCCAAAGCAGACCUGCCAAGUCCACGGAAGGAAUUUAGUGCCUGUGCCAUCGGCUGCAAAGUGUACAUCACUGGAGGCAGGGGCUCAGAGAACGGGGUCUCCAAAGAUGUUUGGGUUUAUGACACCGUGCAUGAGGAAUGGUCCAAAGCUGCCCCAAUGUUGAUCGCUCGGUUUGGGCAUGGCUCAGCCGAAUUGGAAAACUGCCUCUAUGUGGUUGGUGGGCACACUGCAGUAGCUGGAGUCUUCCCCGCAUCUCCUUCUGUUUCCUUGAAGCAAGUGGAGAAGUACGACCCCAUAUCCAACAAGUGGAUGAUGGUGGCUCCGCUGAGAGAUGGAGUGAGCAACGCUGCAGUGGUGAGUGCCAGGCUGAAGCUCUUUGUCUUUGGUGGCACCAGCAUCCACCGAGACAUGGUGUCCAAAGUGCAGUGCUACGACCCAGCCGAGAACCGAUGGACCAUCAAGGCCGAGUGCCCGCAGCCCUGGCGCUACACGGCGGCCGCCGUCCUGGGCAGCCAGAUUUUCAUCAUGGGAGGGGACACGGAGUUCACGGCAGCCUCCGCCUACCGCUUCGACUGCGAGACCGACCAGUGGACGCGCAUCGGGGACAUGACGGCCAAGCGCAUGUCCUGCCACGCCCUGGCCUCGGGCAACAAACUCUAUGUGGUUGGAGGCUACUUUGGCACCCAGAGGUGCAAAACGCUGGACUGCUACGACCCCAUGUCAGACACGUGGAACUGUAUCACCACGGUGCCUUACUCGCUCAUCCCCACGGCUUUCGUCAGCACCUGGAAGCACUUGCCCUCGUGAUGAGGGGCAGGGCCUGGGGGCUUGUUUCCAGGAGGUCAAUGAAGAUGAUCCUCCCAGUAUCUUAAGAUAUACAUAUACAUAGACGGUUGGGGCAUCUCCUUCUGCUCCAAGGUACCUGGAUGUACCAGCCUCACCCUUCUGUGGUGGUGAGUCCACACCUGCUCUCACUGUGGAAUACAUCCUGUUUCCAUGCAGCUGGGGGAGUUAAGGUUCCUAAAAACACUGUAUGUGACUCCUGGGAGAUACCAGGGCAAAAGUGCUUUGAAAUGUCUCAGUAGUUUGAUAUUUUUGCUGAUUUUUCUGGGUGGUGUAUUUAGCACUGUUGAAUAUGUAGGCAGGUGACCCUUGGAAUGCCAGAAAAUCCUGGUUCUCUUUUUAUGCUCUCUGUUUACAUUUCAGUGGGCAGCAGAAGCAAAAGUGCAGAAGCUAUGGUGCAUUUGAUGGUCUUGCUGUUUAUUUAUCAUCCAAACAGUUGCUUGUUAAAUCAGAACUUCUGAGACUUCUGUGUCAGACCUGAGUGGGAGGGAAGGGGUUUUGUAACCAGAAAAAGAAUGUGUUUAUCAGUGUUUUGGGUUGUGUGAGAAUAAGAAAGUUGGUGCAAACCCAUGAUGUUGUGUCUCAUUCUGGUGCUCUGAUUUUCUCUUGCUCGGAGAAGGUGCUCCUGCAGUGCCCCUGGGACAGGGUUUCUGCUUCCUCCCCUCUCCUCCCCAGUGGGGUGUUUGGUUGCUGUUCUGGUUGUGAGGGUGGCUCCACAGGGCUUUGCAUGUCCUCACCAACCUGUGCUGAGACACAGCUGGUCUGGCAAAGCCCAAAAACUCUUCUCAUCUUGCAUUGUGAAAGCAGAUAGUGAUACAGGCAGCACUCAGAUAGCAUCACCUUCCCAGGAAGUCAGUAACUCAUCUGCUAGCUCAGUGUGCAGGUUUCUGAGUACCAGCAGCACACACAGCCCUGCUCUGGUGCUUGCAGCCUGCAUCCCAGCCAGCUGAAGGAGCUGGGAAUCCCUCACUAUGGGUGUGGGAUUGACAAGCUUCACUUACAGUUUUAUUUGGAAAGUGGGGACUGCGGGGAGGGAAAUUCUUCCGCAGACUCAUCAAAAUCCACUUCACUUAAUACAGGGAAGAAGGAAUGCUGCCCAAACCCUCUAACACCCUCUCACUUCCCUGCUUUCCACUUGGUGUGGUUGGUGUGUCUGGGAAUCGCCCAGCGGGUGAAAUUGCUGGCACCUCCCAGUGAUCAUCUUUUUUGAUGCCAGGUGGGAGCCAAGGAGGAGUUCCUGGCACCUCAACCAGGGAUUAGCCCAACAUGACCACCUGCUUUUCUCAGAUGGGGAAAAAAUCACCCAGGGCAUUACACUGGCCUUUGUGAAACACCUGGUUUUAACAUGGGUUGGACAUCCAUGAGGGCAGGAGUGGAAAGGGUUAAAAUGAGACCUUAAAGUGUUCCCAACACUGUAAGAUAAUGGCCUUUCCAAAUUCUCCUCCUCAGGCGUUGCCUAGCAUCUGUCACGGUGGCUCAGUAAUCUAAUUAACUGUCACUUGGCUAUUAAAUAUUGCAGCAGAGACUGUGAGGACUCCAUCAUUUUCAGCUCAGGUCAAUGGGGCCUCCCUUUAAGAGCCAUCCUAGAGCUGACAGUUAAUUUUCUCUGGUAGCAGAUGUGUCUGAAUAUUAAAGCUCAACACCAGCCACAUGACUGGGAGUAGGAAUAGGGUGUAGUUUGAGAUGGGAGUCAAUUCUUCAGCUACUAAAUAAAAACAGAAUUCAAAGUCACAGUGAUGUUGUUUUCCUCCCCUACCUUUUUUCCUCCCUACUGUAUUUGGGUUGUUCAGACCUAAUAAAUAGUUUUGUGGGGGUUGCAUUGAUACUUCUUUCCCCCCUGUAAUUGGGAGCCUGACACAAGCACAGAAAACUAGAAACUGCAAAUAAAACUGGUGAAAAGUCACUGUGUGAGGGUUUUAUGUGCUUUUUUGGCUCUGCCUCCAGUCUUCAGUUAAAAGAACUAUUUAAAAUACAUUCAAGCUCUUGCCAAAAAGAAUGUCUGUCCACGUGGUUUUUCUAGAGUGGGGUUUUUUUUU